CGGCUCCUCACAGCAACACCUUCACUCUCCUGAAGAGACUCAUCCAGAAGCAACCAACCUGAGCUCACAGCCGCGAAAGAAAAACGGAGACAUGGCCUCUCGAGUUGCAGCUCUGUUCUUGCUGGGUGUCAUCUGUGUUGGGUUAGCAUCAGGUCAGAUUGCGGUGGACUGCUGUCUGAAGACAACUGACAAGUUUUUGCCGCUCAAUCGCAUUAAUGGCUAUGUCAUCCAGGAAGCUGGGCAAGGCUGUGACAAAAGCGCUACCGUGUUCAUUACAAAGACUGGAAGAACACUGUGCUUCUCCCACCACAGCAAACUGCAGUGGGUGAAAGGUCACAUUGAGGCUCUGGACGCAAGACAGCGGGCAAAGGAAUAAAUCAGGUGUAAAGAGAAGUGGACUCCUUGAAAGGAUGGCUGACGAUCAAGAAGGACCGACCCGAGACUGAGAGCUGAGGACAGGAGCCACCUUCACUUCAGUUUCUGCUCAGUCUCUCAGAUGUUGUACUGUAGAUGGCGAAGAGUUUGAGAGGAUUGCUGAGGAAUCAUCACUUUGUCUUAUCUAUGAUGAUAUUCAUGCCAGUGAAUCAGAAAAUGUACAGAUCUGAAUAAUGUUUCUCCUCAUUUGUGGUGACAAACUCGCUUUUCUCUUUUUCCAUUUCCCCUUUUCUUGUGAUGAUCCCUGUUUGUGAGAAACAAUAUUUGCCUUAUCUUGCCUAGAGGGUAAAGCUAUGCAGCUGUGUGUGUUUGUUUCAGUCUGUUGUAAGAUGAAUGAUGUUUGACAAGUAUCACGAUGUUCUGAAAUUUCAAUGCUGUUUGUGUCAGCAGUUGUACAAAGUGUUUGUGUGUCAAAACUGCUGUUCAGAGUUACUCUAAAAAUAAAGUU